AUGAGCAGCAGUGGAGUUGCCUUAAGCACCCCGAUUUCAGAAGAAAGCACCGCCUUUACGCCACUCAAGCCCGUCACCAUGGCCAGGGAGCCAACCGAAGACACGGCCGUCUUUGAAGACGUCAAGCCGCCGAUACGGAUCCUGGACAAUCAACCGGACCUAACUCAGGCCCGCUCCGAAAUGGACAAGUACCUCUCUGGCCAGCUGCUGCCCGUGCCGACAUUGCCGGACAAGAAGUACCGCCGGGAGAGCGCCUCGGUGGUGGACGAGUACUUCUCCACCGAGAAGCCGCCCUCGGUCCCCUACAGCGUGAACAUCAACGUGAUCCUGCCGGACACCACGCACCUGCGCACGGGGCUCUACCGGCCCGCCAAGCCCCUUGCGCCCUUCCCCCAGGUCAAGAUGGAGCCCGGAGCCGGCUUCGCCCACCCCUGCUCCUCUGCCGCCGCGGCCACCCAGACUCUGCCGGACUUCACCAGCGUCUUCAGCAUGCCGCAGUCCGUGGCGGCCAGCCACGUCUUCGUCAAGCAGGAGGCGCCCUCCGAGGUCCCGCUCGCCUCCGGCCUGCUGUACCAGCUGCCCGGCAGCGGCGGCGGCGGGGAGAUGACCACCAUGGCGCACUCCACGUGCGGCACCACGGCCAUCAGCGCCAUCCACGGGGUGGCCAUGUCCACCGGCAGCCCCUUGCUGGACUCCAGGCCCCUCUCGCGGCCCAGCCGGCCAGCGGGCCCGGUGAAGCCCUUCCCUGAGCAGGGCGGCUUCGGCCUGCUGAGUGAGUUCUUCCCAGCCCCCGGAGUGAGCCUGCCCCCCUCGCCCCCGAACUCACAGCCCGGCAGCCCCGAGAACCAGCCGGAGCUGAUCAACACCAUCUCGCCGCCGCCCCCCUACGACGCCGCCUUCGGACUCAGCCUGCCCGCGCCGGGCCAGGGGCCUCCGCUCCCCAGCGGCCUCGCCGCCCUCUCCCAGGGCCACGGCGUCCUGCAGCCGCCCAAGUACAACCGCAGGAACAACCCCGAGCUGGAGAAGAGGCGGAUCCACCACUGCGAUUACCCUGGCUGCACAAAGGUUUACACCAAAAGUUCGCACCUGAAGGCACAUCAGAGGACUCACACUGGUGAGAAGCCCUACAAGUGCAGCUGGGAGGGGUGCGACUGGCGCUUCGCCCGCUCCGACGAGCUCACCCGGCACUUCCGCAAGCACACGGGUGCCAAGCCGUUCAAGUGCCUCGCCUGCGGGCGCUGCUUCUCCCGCUCCGACCACCUGGCCCUGCACAUGAAGAGGCACCAGAACUGA